GAGCCUUCCGUGGGAAUCUUCGAUCCCGAGUCCCGGGAGCAGAUCAAGACGUCCUACGAGAACUUCCAGCUGGCCCGGAAGAAGCACGCGAAUCGACCCUGCCUUGGACACAGGCCCAUUGCGGCAGAUGGAACUGCGGGUCCUUAUGUCUGGAGCACGUACGAGCAGGUGGGGAAGAGGGCUGAAAAUUUCGGAUCGGGACUGGUGCACAUGGACCUUUGCCCCUCCAGGCCCGACCCAGAGGUGAGGGACCGUGGCAUGCUCGGGCGUGGGCCACAGGCAGCACAGCUGCCGCUGGCACCUGCCGGCGUGGACACGUCCAACAAUGCCCAAGGAAAGACAGCUCAGGAUGACAUGGGCAUCCCCAUGGGCCACACAGUGAACUUGGAAUGA